GGAGCCUUGACGAAUGUGUCUCGAGACAUGUGUUCUAUUUGAUCGGUGUGAAGGGCUUUCCUUCUUCCUUCCUUUCUUCCGUUCUUCUUCUUUGGCAUUCUUUGUCUUUUGUGGAUGGAGUUGGUGAUCGAUUUCUUUCUUUCCGCUGUGACUUGUUGCGCAGGACUUCUUUUUCAAUUUGGGGUUUGUUGGAGAUGGGAUUAAGAUCGAACUCGGUUGGAGUUUGGUGGCUUUAUUUGUUUGGUCUAUGUCCAUUCGAAAUUUCCCUUCUUUUGCCCCCUCCACAUUCUGUGUUUGAGUUGGGAACCCGAUUCCGAUGAGCUCAUAGGACGACAGGACAAAGCUCUCUUUCCCAUUUCUUUCUUCUUUUUAUUUCCCCUUUAUCUUUGUUGUUUCUUUUAUAUGGUUUUGUCUUCAUCUCCUUUUGUUCCAACUCAUUCUUGUUCAUCUUUUGCUGCUUUUCGCUGAUGCUAGUAGUUUACUCGUUUCUGGUCUCAGUCCCUUCGCCAAAUGCCAACGCUGAGAGAUUAAGCUGCGCCUAAGCCGAUAAAGAGAUUGUUGAAAACCCGCAAGGGGAGACAAAAACCUCUCAUUUGCCUCAAAUUAGGAAAAAGAGGGCCGUCUUUCACGCGAUAUUCUCUCUCUUAUUACCUCCUCUCUCUCUCUCUCUCUCUCUCUCUCUCUCUCUCUCUCUCUCUCUCAGAGUAGAUAUGGUGUAAAUCUCAAAGAAGCAUGCUUAAAAAUCCCUUCUUUUUUCCCGUUCAUCUGAUUCAUUUGGGCCUGGGUGUCGUUCUCCCACAGUGGCGAGAUGAGGUAGGCCAUCUGAUCGAUGAGGCCAUGCCGGGAUCAGGCGAGGACAGAGAGGGCUCGCGAGAUUUGAUGCGUCGAAGAAGCACAAUGAGUCGCUCCUCGCCUAUCGUUUCAAAUGAUAAUGGUGACUGUAGUAGUGGAGAUGGAGUAGAUGGGAAUUCGGCCAUGGUUAGGUGGAGGAAGCAGAAUGUCCGGGCUCCAAGGUGUAGGCUGAACAAUAAUGAGUCGUCUGACGAAGCAGGAAGAGGCAGGUCAGAGGGAGAGGAGGGCGAUUCUUCUAGGCCAAAUCUUAGUGCCAAUGCCACCACAAGUCUAAAUAGUAGGAAGAGAGUUAGGCUCCAUGGAAAGGUCGCUGAGGAUAGCAAUGCUGUUGACACCGCACCCGUGCCGAGGAAAUUGAGAUCAGCAAUCAAUAAACGCAGCAGCCAGUCAUCGUCUCGUGCGAUGCCAGAUGCCACGAAAAAGCAUCAUCGCAGUUCUAGUGGAGUCGAGGUGCUAUAUGGGAAUGGUGGUAGAAGAUGCAAACCGACCAUGCUGCUUGACUCAUUAACCAAGGAUGAAGAGGAAGUUGUGGAGGCUUUGUGUGCAUUAUCCAGAAUGCUACCUGUUGGCACCCGAGUUCCAGACAAAGAAAAUAGGAGACUGUCAGACAUCCAGGAUAAUAAUGCUACUGCAGAUCCUCAUUCAGAAGCUCCAAAAAAAGAGGGUGAAGGACAACAUUUGCAACAAUGCAUCGCCAGUGGAAUUAGGGUUCCCUCUUCUUGUAUGGCAAAACCAUUAGAUGAAACAAUGGAGGAAGAAAAUGUCUUUUCCAAACAACCUCUCACCGUUUGCGCAAGGCAGACUAUCGAUUCAGACAUGAGUAGAAUUAAGGAACAUGGCACUCAUAUAACUCCAUUGUCCGAAAAUGAACCCCCAGAGAGUAGUGUCAGAUAUUUUGAAAAAUUUUCAAGCCCAUCAGAUGUUCUGCCUCACACAACUGGAAAUAGAGCACUGCAUCCGACUCAAUGUGAUGCCUUUACAGCCAUUCCGCCAUGCAAAUUAGAUAUGCUACAACCAAACGGACAUGUUGAAUCACCUGCACUGGGGGGGAAUAAAGUUCAGCAAGUGGAGUGUAACAGUGAAAAUAGUACAAAACGUGUGUGCCAGGAAGGAAUUGUUCCACUGCAUAUCCAUCCUUCUUCAAGCAAUACUGCAGUUUGGCCAAGCUCUGCCACUGGUGCUGCUAGACUUGUUUCAAGCAGAAUUGAUCUUCCAACUAAAAAGGUUCUGCCUGAUGUAGUAUCAUCUUGGAAAAAAUGUGCUAUUCAUGUGUUCAUAGGCCAUCUUAUCAAGAACUAUCAAGAAAAGGAGGAGUGCAAGACUUUACUGCUGUCUGAGGUAUCGAGGCCCAUGGAUGGGUCAAAAUUGUGUGCAACAGCAAAUGAUGAGAAAGUUGGGUUACAAAAUUCUGUUGCCAAGAGGAAUAAACACGAAGGAAGAGUUGAAGUUUUAUGUGACAGAAGAUAUAUGUCAGCUCAUCAAUCUUCAGUCUCAUCUGAUGCCGAGCAAAAGAAGGCCUGUGAUUUCGCUUCAUUAUUGGGAAAUGGCAAUGCUAGUAGUUUCGCAAACGGAGCAAAGUCUGCGGGGCAGCUUCGUUCUCCUUUUCUGCAUGCGCAAGUUCCACAUCAUCCUCUUGUGCCAUUUCCUUUCCCUCAUGUGCCAUAUGCUUCACCUUACUCAGAGAAGCUAGUAGCUGCGACCACUCAACCGGUUCAGCUUCAAGUACCUAAUUAUGUAGGCCAUCCAUUCUUCGGACCGCAAAUGGACGACACCAUGGGCAACAUGCAGCUGCAACAACAGUACCAGCAGCAACAGAUAUGGCAGGCUCAUUUCGCCCAAUACAGAUCCCCCCUCGUGGGCAUUGCAGCGCUGCAGAACGAUCGGCUACAUGACUCAUCUGCUUCCACCCGCCGAAUUGUUCAGGCUUCAUCAACUCUCCCAUCUUCCCCACCUGUACAAAUGCAAUGUGGAUCAUCAUCACAACACCAACUUCUUGCUAACGCCUCCUCAUCGUCGUCCUCCAAAGCAAAGCCUCACCAACAACCGGGAAGCCUGCGGGGCGGUAGAUUCCACCAUGAAGGCCCCCAUUCGGUCGCAGCUGCAUCACAACACCGGUCGAUCAUGAAGAAUGAUACAAUAGGAUGAGGAUGGAUAUUCAUCAUCACAGACUUGCCACCAUUGCAAGCCAUCAUCAGUGACAAGCAGGAUAACAGAUGCUGAUACUGAUACCAUCAAGUUGAUGCGCUUCUGGCUCACCAGAAUCCUCUGAAGCAUCCUAAAAUAGGAAGACGACAUGACCAUAUUCACUAUGGUGUCAUGAACAUCGAUCUCUCUCUCGUUGGCUUCCAAUUGGGGACAGCAAAAUGUUGGAGAGAAAGAGAAAAGGAAGCCUAUAUUUCCAUUGUUUAGCAGUUCAUUCCGAUGAGAGCCGGCGUCUGAGAUGUAAUGUAUUUUUGGGUCACUGAGAUCAUUGGCUUAUUAGUCGUCAACCAAGAUAUGAACGUGUACUUCACCAACUGUACAUUGUUAUAGCUUCUAACAACAUAUGAAGUUUUUGA